AUGCUCGUCGAUCUAAAUGUACCUUGGCCUCAAACGAGCUUCAAGAAUGCUCCUACUGCAUCUGACAUUCAGAAAGUACGAGAAACGCUUUCAACGCUUUCUUUGAUGGGCUACACACACAUCGCUCUAAAUUUCACUAUCAGCCAAGGCGACAAGUUUCCUUCAUCUGUGAAGGACAUGAAUCCCAUCAAAAUAGAAGAGAAUUUCGGUGACUUGAUGAAGUCUUCUGGUUUAAAGCUUUACUCUCGCCUUACGCUUAUAAUUGACGAUCCGUCAAAGGGUCAAUCUCUAUCCAAAAUAUCACAAGCUUAUGACAUUGUUUCGGCAAUGCCAAUUAGCGAACGGGGCCUCACAUUAGCGACGGGUAACCUAGACGUUGAUUUACUCACUUUCCGCUAUGAUCAACGAUUGCCUACGUUUUUAAAGCAUAAGAACAUCUGCAGCUGCGUCAACCGUGGCGUCAAGCUCGAAAUUGUCUACGCGUAUGCUUUGCGUGACAUGCAAGCCAGAAGGCAAUUUAUACAGAAUGCGAAAAGCGUAAUACGAAGUUCCAGGUCGCGUGGUAUCGUGAUUAGCAGUGGCGCGGAAAAGCCUUUGGAAUGUAGAAAUCUUCUGAGUGCUUGCAGUCUGGUGAAAUUUUUAGGACUAUCCAGUGAUAAGUGCAAUAAGGCGAUGGGUGAGCUGCCGGCACUGGUUCUCCUUAACGGCAGGCUCAGAAAUAGAAGCUACAAGCAGACUGUCGUUGUCGGUGGUGGUAUCGGUCAUGACACAGACGUUGUCAAUGCGACAGAUGGCAUUGACGCUACGAAAAUGAUAAAAAUCGUGAAAAGGAAAAGAGCGGAUAAUAUAGAGGACCCAUCAAAAGAAAGAGACACUCCGGAGCCCAAAUCCAAGAAAUUGCAGAUUUAA